AUGGCGUUUCCCAGACGAGCGUGCUCGAAUGCACUUCGCGCUAGCUGCCGCGCCGCGGUUCCUACCGUUUCGAGACGUUCCUUUGCUGUCGCCGCCGCCGCCGCCGCCGCCGUUUCGAGGAGCUCCACACCUGCGGCGUCUGCUCGGCGCAUUGCAGUCGUUGCGCCCAGGUUCUACUCAUCCGACUCGGAGUACCAUGAAAUAUCUGCUACGGGGAGCAAGUUAUGGAACUUUGAGCAGAUGAAGGAGCUCGCGAAGGAUCCCAAGGGCGUGGUGAUUGUUGAUGCGCGCGAACCUCACGAACUCGUGGAGACGGGCCGUAUCCCCUCGGCCAUCAAUAUCCCCGUCGCGACGGCGCCCGAGAGCUUCUUCAUCGCCGAGGAGGACUUUGAGGACCGAUACGGCUACCCGCGUCCGAGCAAGGACACGGAGAUUGUAUUUUACUGCAAGGCCGGCGUGCGUAGUAAGGCUUUUGCCACGAUCGCAAGGGAGGCAGGGUGGAAGAACGUCGGGGAGUACCCCGGCAGCUGGCUUGAUUGGAAGAAGAACGGGGGAGAGGUUGAGCCUAAGUAA